AGGAGGAGAGCCCGGGGCCCGAGCGGGAGGAGAGACACAGAUCGGAGUCAGGCACCGAGAGGAGAGUACAGCCAGCGGGACACAGCCAUGAAAACCCCGGCAGAGCCAGGGUUUGCCUUUCCUGACUGGGCUUAUAAGCCGGAGUCCAGCCCGGGCUCCAGACAAAUACAGCUGUGGCAUUUCAUUCUGGAGCUGCUACGCAAAGAAGAAUAUCAUGAUGUCAUUGCUUGGCAAGGAGACUAUGGAGAGUUUGUAAUAAAGGAUCCAGAUGAGGUGGCACGACUCUGGGGUGUACGGAAAUGUAAACCGCAGAUGAAUUAUGACAAGCUGAGCCGGGCACUCAGGUAUUACUACAACAAGAGAAUACUCCACAAAACCAAAGGCAAACGUUUCACUUAUAAGUUCAACUUCAACAAACUGGUGCUAGUGAACUAUCCCUUCAUUGACAUGGGCAUGACAGGAGGGCCGGUCCCUCAGAGUGCCCCACCUGUUCCUUCAGGAGGGACCCACUUCCGUUUCCCUCCCUGUACCCCUUCAGAUGUCCUGUCGCCUAAUGAGGAUCUACGCUCCCCCACUCUCUACUCUUCUGUGGCAAGACGCCUGGCUCGUGGCUCAGUCAGUGACUGCAGCGAUGGAACAUCUGCCAACUCUGAGGUUGAAGAGAGUCUUGGUGAGGAACAUCUCCGCAGGGGACCUGGGCCAGAUAUCCCAGCAUUCAGGGGACCACCUCUUCCCCGACUUGCUCAUGAGGGCAUUUUCAGAGUAUAUCCUCGACCACGGGUACCAGAGCCACUUAGCCCGUUCCCAGGGUCUCCAAUGGGAGCUCCCACCAGCCUUCUGCCCCCACAGCUUUCACCUGCUCUACCAAUGACACCCAAUCACAUGAACUACACACCCUCACCCACUCUGAGUCCAAUGUACCCAGGAGGUAAUCACUUUUCCUUUAAUCCUGAAGACAUGAAGCGCUACCUACAGGCACACACACAGAGUGUGUACAACUACCACCUCAGCCCAAGGGCAUUCCUGCACUACCCUAGUAUUGUUGUGCCUCAGCCACAGCGUCCUGACAAGCCCUUGCAUCUUCCUCAUGAUGAGCCUCCUUUCAAAUUUAAGCUCCAGCCUCCUCCUCUUGGAAGAAAGCAAAGAGAACGACCGCUGGGUGCAGAAUCUUCCUCUUCAUCAUCUUCGUCUUCAGUAGUCCCUCAGAUAAAGGUAGAACCUAUAUCUGAUGCUGAGGAGGAAGAAGAGGAACUGAUGGUGGAGGUGACUGACAUCAGUGAAGAAGAGGAUGAGGAUGUAUUCAAAGCUCCCACUCUCCCAGAACAGAAAGUAAUACCUUCCCCUCUCCCAACCAGGGAUGAGGAACCUCAUAGCGCUGGACCAGAAAGUGGGCGUUGCAUUCCACUAAAACUGCGCUUCAAACGCCGCUGGAGCGAAGACCAGCGCCUGGAGGCAGAAGGAGUAGGAGAGGAUUCUGACAAAAAAGUAAGGGGUAACCUAGAGGAGUCAAAUGUGCCUCCCCAACCUGGUGGUGGUCCCUGCAGGAGGGUGAGCACCGAUCUACAACGUGCCACAGAAGAACUUUCGUUGGAGAACAGGGAUUCCUAAUAGGAGUUGCAGUGUGGAGAUUUGUACGCGAUAUUACAGAACAGCUUGCGCUCUCCUGCACUGCGAGGAUGCAAAGAAACUGAAUUACAUUUCUCACAUUGAAAAAUCCCUUUUUAAAACCGCCCCAUAGCUAUUUUUAUGUUGCAGGGGGAAAGGGAUUUUUUCCUUUUUAAUUGUAUUUCAAAUGUUUUCUUUUGCAUAAUAUGUGCAUACAAACUAUCAGAUUUGCUGUAGGAAAGGUUUUAUUGCUAACAGAAGACUGCCGCUUUAAAUCUCACACCUCUUCGGGUGGCUAUUUUUUAACCCACUUCUAGUACAUAUGUAAAUAAAUGAAAUGUAUUUUUUUUUUUUUUUUUUGUGAUGAAUUAGAAGAGAAUCCUUAAUUGCCACAAAAAAGGACUUUUGAGACAAUGAGUUGUUGGUUAUUUUUUCACCCCCUUUCUCUAUUACUUUGUUUGUUUGCCCAGGCCCUGCCCUUACCAGUACGUCUGGUAUUUUCUCAGGUUUAUUGGGGCGGAACACCCCCUCAUUUCAUCCUGGGCAUAUUUACUCCUCUGUAUAUUUGCUUUAUACCUCCCACCUCAGGACUUAUUUUUUUUUUUCCUUCUGGUUAUCACUUUUGACUAUUGUGGGGUCUUUUCCUGUGCCCUCUGACUGUGAAACCAUUAAUCUGUCUUCACCGCCAUUUCUUUUUCCUGCCUUAAAGUGGCUUUCAUGUUUAAAAAAAACAAAAAAAAAAAAAAAAACACCUUUCUUUGGGCUUUAUAAACAUCACCUACUCUGCACCACUUGAAAUGCUAAUUUUUUUUGUGACUUUUACUCUAAUUCGCUUCAACUUACUCAUUUUUGAAGCUUAAAUAAUUUUAAUAUAGGGAUUUUAUUAAUAUUCCCUCCUUUUAAAUACAAAAAGAACCAAUAUAUAAAUAAGAAAAAAAACAAUAUGUAAACUAAUAUAGAAUACAGAUUUCCCAUAUCGCCCCAUGUUGCAUUAUAAAGAUUUUGUGAGCCUGCUACAUACAGUUAAAGACAGGGCAUGUUUAUUUCUAAUUAAAUUUUAUUCCUGGCCAUCGCCCAUGGUUUGUGGGAUUUGCAAAAGUGGUAACUUAAUGUACUAUAUAGCAUUUGUAUGCCUUGAAUUCACAAUCUGACCUACACGAAGGUGCCUUAUUGAAAUGAUAAGCAGAAUGUCACUAGUAGUCUUAAAACACAUGUCCUCUCCACAAAAUAUCACCCUAUCCAGGGGGAGCACUUGCCUAGGUUAGUCUUUUGGCAUCAAUGAGCAAAGCAGGUGCGAACAUCCUCCCUAUGAAUUAUUUCUAUUACUUUCUGACAUGAGGCUUGUCGGCCAAUCAAGGGGGUGGUUCAUUGAUAAAUGAAUUGACUGAACAUUUAUGGGUUCAGAGUGGUUAGGCAUGUUCCUGUUUUUUAAUGUGCUUUCUCACCUCCGCUGACACCGAAAGAGUUAAACCGUUCAACACAUGAACAGACCUGCACAUGCACACAAAAGUAAUAUGUCGGAUACUUGGCAUCGAUCUGUAGUGCAGUCCAUUAGUCUGCCAAUUUGGGUAUGUGCUCUGCUCAGUGCAUUAUUUCCUCUGCCCUGCACGGAGAGGUAGUUAAUGCAAUUCCUACUUGGUUUUAUAACAUGAUUUAAUUCAAUGUUUGCCAAAGGCUUCCAACACCAGCCCCAUCAAGCCUCAGGACUUUCCACCCCCUCUAUGGAAGCCUUUCCAUUGGGUUUGUGAGAAUUAAAUUAAACUUCUAUGUGCUGAGAGACUGGCAAUAAUCGUGCUGACCCGCUGAGAUGCUGGAUCUUUAACCACAGAGCAGUGUAUACAGCAGAGCAUUUUGGGAGGGGUUGGGGGGGGGGGAUGACACUCUGGGACGGGUACAAUUGUCGUCAGGUUUAACCUUAAUAUGUAUAUUUAAACCAGUUCCCCUAUAUACACACAGAUUGUAAAUAUAUUUAGCAAAAGUCUGUUCACAUUUAAGAAUGUAUAUCUUAAACAAUAAAGAAAAUCUGACGUUUUGCCUUGUUCCAUUA